AUGAUGCCUAAUGCCUCGGGUGCCGUCACAGCGAAUCCCUUUGAGGAACCUGAAAGCCGUAUCAGUGAAUAUACUGCACAGGAGAUUGCCACUCUCCAAGCCCGUCUCGACAGGAAACUGGGCCCCGAAUACAUUUCCUCGCGACCGGGAGCCGGUGGACAGCGGGUCCACUAUCUCGCCGCAGACAAAUGCAUCAAUCUUGCUAAUGAGGUGUUUGGGUUUAAUGGCUGGUCCAGCUCGAUUCAAACUAUCCAGAUUGAUUUUGAUAUUGGGUACGGACACAUUGAGAACUGCAAGGGCAAGGCGGCGGCUUUCGAGAAGGCGAAGAAAGAAGGGACAACAGAUGCCCUGAAACGUGCAUUGAGGAACUUUGGCAAUGUUCUGGGAAACUGUGUCUACGACAAGGACUAUGUUUCCAAGGUCACCAAAGUCAAGGCGACGCCGGCAAAAUGGGAUGUGGAUGAUCUCCACCGUCACCCCGACUUUGCCCCCGUCAAGAAGGAACCGCCUCCACCAAGGCGAUUACUAGAAGACGACGAUCUUCCCCCUCCUCGCCCCUCUGGCCCUGCCAAUAGCGGUCACUCUGGCAGUAAUGCCAACUUUGAUGGCGAUGGGGAAUUUGGGAGUGAUCUAUUUGAUGAAGCAGACUUCGUGGUCGGCAACACAGGCAAUCCUGACGAGAUCACAAUAGAGCCUGACGUCCAAAGACAACCGCCCACGCCGAUGAACAACCCUGCCCCAAAUGGGCCUGCUCCAGGCCGGUUUAACUCUGCUGCUGUAACGCCGUCGAAGCCAGAAAGAUGGACUCCCGGGGGUGCAACAGGACGACCAGUCCCACCGAAUGGGCGGCCGAACCUAUCAGCCAUGCCAGAUCAAUCCGCUGCGCAAAGACGACCCGGGCCUGGCCCUGGCCAGGCCCAAAAUAUUCCGAAUGCUAGACCAAGCGUACCACCCAUCGCUCAAGGCAAUGCCGCUCAACCACCGAUUAAAAGAGAGUCUGCCGCUGGGGCCAACCAGGACAUGCAACCACCACAGAGCACCCCAUCUGCUGGAUUCUACUCGGCGCGAGCAGUUGACCUCCUUCGUGAUAAUCCCAACAACGUCCCUUCUGCCGCACCGCAGUUCGAUCCCCAUGCAGACAGUCCCUCGAUCCGCAAAACCGCCGGUGUCGACCACACCAAAAGUGUUCCGAUCUCCAAACCAAUGCUGGCCAGCGCCUCUCCCGCGACAAACAACUCGCGUGAUUUCGUUAACCCAGCCACUGACAUGCAGCGCCGACUCGGUGCUCCCGGUGCAGGUGGAGGAGCCGGCAGCCCGAUGAGCCGGGGCCCAUCCACCUCGUCCUAUCGUCCUCUGACCCGACCCAACAUCGACCCAAAGAAUGUGCCGAAUAACGCAGCUGCAAUUAACCGAGGAAGCGUCCCUCCCCAGAAUUUGAAUGGAAAACGACCGCCCCUGAAUGAUGUCACCAAUGCCAAUACUUCGCCCGACGCGCAACCCACUGGUCCUGUUGCUGGCCCGAAUGACCCUAAACGACCCCGUUUUGCGGAUGGUGAUUCCUCUGGUCCGCCGCAACUACCUCAGCAUCCCCCGCCGCAAUAA